AUGUCGUCCACAUGCGUCGCCCGCCGUCUGAGCCGGGAUCACUUUCCUCUCCCACUGGCGCUCACCACCUCCUCAAUCCACGUAGCCCCUCCUCCCCGAGGUCAUAUCGAAGCCUGCCCCAUCACAAUCCCGACGGAUCAGCACGACACCACGCGAUGCAUCAUCGGGCGUCAAUCGGCACCGCAGUCGCCCCUUUCCAUGCUGUGCGAGGGAAUCCUGGCCGACUACGAAAUGGGUCGACUGGAGAGCAUAUUUCCGUACAGCCCUGUCUCCUCGUUCUCUGGCGGAUGCGAUUCGAGCCAACCUCGUACGCCACCGGAGGACCGCAUGCGGGUGCUAUCCCAAACCUUGGCGCGGGUCAAGGGGGGAGGAUGGGAGGAGAGUCUGCUCUUCGCCCGCGUUGGCGCGUCGACCGAGGUGCAAGUAGCACGACAGACAUGUGUGCUAGACACCACCCUGGUGCGUGUCAAGAACGGUGCGGAGGGGAAGGAGGUCCGCAUCGGCACGCUGCCCUCAACACCAGCGUGGACGUCGAGGCACAAGACGCAGGCACCCAAGAGACCACCAAGGCCAGACCACUGCCGAGAGAGCCUGGAGGAAUUUGCUGCGGUGGGCAGAGUGAGUUUGAGGAGCGUGCGGAAGUCGCCGAGGGAGUAUUUGGGUUUGCCACCGAGCCCUCCGAGCAGUGACGGGGGCAGGAUGCCGACCGUGGCAUCCACGUCGACUGAAAGUAGACGGGUGCCAUCGCCUCGUGUCGCAGGUGGGGAAACGAAGACGUCGACUGUGAGGAACGCACCCUCGCCCAUCACCACCCCCAUCCGCAGCCAAAGGGAGCAACACCAGCCUCCCACCGUCUCAUCAGCUCGCCAGUCGAGGGGCCGAGAAAUCACCCUGUCAGUCGCCACGUUCGUAUCCGCGUUCGAGGGCCGCGAGCCAAUCGAGCUGCUAGACGAGGUGCACACACCACACUUUCCCGGUCAUUACUCGCCUCCCACGCGCAGUCCUUGUGCCACUUCACCGAAGAUGUCAGGAGAAGGAAGUUCGGGGCUGUUUAGGAAGUUUUCGUUGACCUUGCGCAGUGCGGUGAGGCGGACGACGACGGAAGGUAAACCAGCAACACCGGUCAGGAUGGUGUCCGGGUCGCCUGUUGCCGUGCAUCGUGGCUCGUCACCGCCAAAGACAGGUGGGCAAUUGCCGCUGGUCGCGGUGUGUCGCUCGCCAUCGUCACCACCCGCUGCUAUUCGUCCAAGCGCGCCAGUAUCGCAAUCAACGAGCCGCCAAGCCGUGCACAUGCGUCGUCCUAGCGCCCCGAUGGCACCAACUCAGCCCCACCCGCCAUCGACCACAACCACCCGCCCGGGAGUCGCCACGCGCACCCGAUCCACCAGCCAGCCUUCCGGUCUGGGUCGCAAAUUGAGCUUCUCCCGCGCCACCCCGCCUUCGUCCGCGUCUGGGGUGGGGUCAACUUCGAGUGCAAGCGUCGAGAGUUGCCAGCCUUCCCUGGGGCGCAAGCUGAGCUUCUCACGCGCCCACCCACCGCCGUCCGCGUCAGGCCUGGGUAUGGGCUCACCGUUAAGCAGCGCCAGCGUCCCGUCCCCGAACGAGACCAGCGGUAUGGGGCUGCUCUCACGCACCACAUCGAGAAGCACCAUCGUUAGCGCGGCCAAGAUCCCAUCGGCCCAUCGGUGGAUCUUUACCCGCAAAGGGAGUAUUGCGAGCGUAUACAGUGAGCAAAAGGGAGACCAGGUGGGGUUGAUGAGGACACCGUCCAGAAGCACCAUUGUCGACGGCACCAGGCGGGUGACAAAGAAGAUCACUUUUGGGUAG